UCCCUCUUUUUCUCUUCCUUCUUAAAACCUCUCUUGCCCCCCAUUUUUCCAAAAAUAAAAUAAAACCAAAAAAAUUUUAAAAAAAACGCAAAAACUAAAAGAGAAAAUCUCCUCCCUCGUCGUCUCCGAUCUCGAAGCCGAAGCUUGGAGAAGAGAAAGGAUGCAGCAAUGGCGGCCGGAGAGCUCCGCCAUGACCUUCGACGAGGUCUCCAUGGAGCGGAGCAAGAGCUUCGUCAAAGCUCUACAGGAACUAAAGAACCUGCGGCCUCAGCUUUACUCUGCUGCAGAAUACUGUGAAAAGUCUUACCUUCACACCGAACAGAAGCAGAUGGUGUUGGACAAUCUUAAAGAUUAUGCUGUCCGAGCCCUUGUCAAUGCUGUUGAUCACCUUGGCACUGUCGCUUACAAACUGACAGACCUGUUUGAACAGCAGGCCUCUGAGAUCUCGACUUUGGAGCUCAAUGUGACGUGUCUGAAUCAGAGAAUCCUCACUUGCCAAAGUUACACCGAUAAGGAAGGUUUAAGGCAGCAGCUGAUGCUGGUAACAGCACCAAGACAUCACAAGCACUAUAUCCUACCAAAUUCCGCUAAUAGAAGGAUGCAGAACAUUCAAUACGGCCAAACAAAUGCUCAAGCAACACCUCAGCCAUACCCAGUAGGUUCCCCUGCAUCAAAAACUCUUUCUUGGCAUCUAGCCUCAGAAAAUCACUCUGCAUCAAAUGGAGCAUCGCAGGCAGCACCAAAUGGAGGAGAGAACAGAAAACCUAAAAUCACUUCUGAAGCCUUUCAUCUUCUGGGUAAGGAAGAGGCUGGCGCACGAUCGCCCUUGCCAAGGCACCUUCAGUCUACUAAUGGGAAUCUUGCUUCUGUUUUGACCGGGCAAAGGCUUGUUCUGAGGGAAAAUUUGGAGGCCGGGAAGCAAUUAUCAGCUUACAGAUCCUUUGAGAAUACAGGACGUCAAAUUCAACAGGCUCCUGCACGCAGUAAGAGCAUGUUGGCUGCUUUCUUUGUGAAGCACAAAUCCUCAAAGCUGAAAAAGAUCUCCGUCUUAUGAUCAGAGAAUUCCUCGUUUGCGGCAUAAUAUUCUCGCAACCUCAUGCUUAUAUGUAUUCCAUCUUCUACUGAUUGUGUAUAUCACCUCCUAGCUGGUACAAAUUCUAAGUUGUUAUGAUUAUUUGUCACCUUCUAUGUGAACCGUUGAAGCAUUACCCGAUGAGAAGAGUCUUAUUGAUCUACCGGAAAAAGCACUUCUGUCAAAAUCAGCUUCAUGCAGGUCCUGCUCUAGAGCUCUGAUAAUAGUAUAAAUCCACUAGUCAUGCCCUGAUUGUAAGGGAGUGUUUUGGUUCUCUGUAAUAUAAGCAUCUUGUGCCGAAACUCUGGUUUCCAUGUAGCAGAAUUUUGUUUUUCAAAACGGAUCUUAUGUUCAGAAUAUUCAGAUACUCUUUUUCUGA